UGGUUCCUUGACACCCGCCUCUUCUUCUUCCGCGCAUUUGCUCGUAUUAUUCUCCGCCUCCUUCGUGGUGAUGUAUAGGGUUCGUCCUCGGCUUCUCGGUUGCGGUGGCGUCGUCGUUCUGGCGUCUUGGAGAAGAUCCCUCGAUCGGUUCGCGCGGUAGAGCUGAACAUACCAAGCUUGAAUUUGGCGGAAACCUCCAUUUUGGGAGUGUCCGAAGGUUUAUUGCUCGGUUUGGUUUGGAGUUUGGAUUUUCCGUGGUGUUCCGGAGAGGCGGAUUGGUUUCAAGUUUGGAAAUUGCGAAAAGAUUUCUGGUUGGAUUUGGGUUCUCGCUGAGAACAUUGGAAUCUUAUGCUCAAGGAGUGGAGCAAAUUACACGUUUUUUGUCACUUUGGUUUUUCGUUGCCUCAGAUCUGUGCUAACGGUGGAAAAUUAUCGCCAAAGGCGGCGCCUUUCUGGUGCAGCGCUUGCGGUGAAUCCGGAGGUAGUGAAAAGAGGGCGCCUUUACGCCUCCAACGGCCGUUAAAGAACGAAGCUCCGUCCGUUUCGAAGGGUGGCAGGGAGAAAAAAAGCAGGGGGCGUCGCCCGAGGCCCUUCUGCUAGAGUUUCUCUGUCACGAGGAGCAAAAGCGUCAAUUUUGCAGAGGGGUCAGAGGUAGGAGUUCAGAUGCUCUUUUAGCUGUCGCAUCUUUUCCGAAGCAAUCGAGGACCCGCUGGCCUUUUGCUAGGGCGUCUGUUCGAGGGAAGAACUUAUGGUGCUGCUUCAGAGUUAAUGCGGUAAUCAGGAGGGCUUUUAUUAGUAUGUAAGCUGCUUUUCAGAACUCGGAACUGCAGAGCCAACUGUUCUUGUUGUUUUCUUCUGUAAAGUCCAGCGUUCUUAUAAUUUCCUUGAGAAAUUUCAGUCAGUUGUUAUGGCUUCGGCACCACCAAACAGUUCAUCCGCAAGGCUCGGUUCAGGUUACCGUUAUUUUCUUCUUUUAGUUUGAUGUAACAGAGCUAAAGUUUUUGUUCUCAUGCUUGAUGUUCUUUCCCUUUUCUUCUUCAUUUUUUUUUUCUUAUUGAUAUGUGGUCUUUUCGCUUGACUAAAUCUUUUUUUGGAUAAUUAUGACAGUAAAUAAUAAUUUCAAGAUAUACCCAAUGAGUAAACUGGCUUUGAAUCCCUUGAAAAUUUCAUCAUCUUUUUUUGCUUUAAGGGAUUUUUGUGUAGCUUUUGGAUGUUUUUUCUUUCUUCUUUCAUAUGCCUAAUUUUGUAGACAUUCCUUGUGUUGGAUGCUCACCUUCUCUCGUCGCCGUUAGGGUCACUCUGGUUCUUGAUAAAUGUGGUCAACGAACUUAUUUAGGCUUUCUUUUGCCUCAUUUUUGACAAUCCCUCCUGCAUCAAAGAUUUUUUUAUUUCCUAAUUAAAGAAAAAUAUGUUCUCAUUUUAAGACAGGUAGUUUACUUCUAAUUUAUCAUCUUAUUAACCACUGGUCAUUCUUAGAAAUCCAUGGUUCUAAGAUGCUGAGUUAUCAUUAUUAUAAGUUGUUCCUGACUACUGGUGGAAAUUUUCUAUAUCUAGGGUCCUAUGGAGAUGUCUUGUACCAGGAACUAUGGAAAGCAUGUGCAGGGUCUUUGGUUACUCUACCUCGUGAAAAAGAAAGGGUUUAUUACUUUCCCCAAGGCCAUAUGGAGCAGCUUGAAGCAUCAACAAAUCAAGAGCUUGACCAGCAAAUGCCUUUGUUUGAUCUUCCAUCAAAGAUCUUAUGCAGGGUUGUCCAUGUUGAACUCCGGGCUGAACCAGAUACAGAUGAAGUAUAUGCGCAGAUUACAUUGCAACCUGAAGUAAAUCAAGAUGAAGUUACCAGCCCAGAUUCACCACUGGCUGAGCCCGAAAGGUGCAAUGUCCGUUCCUUCUGUAAGACUCUAACUGCAUCAGACACAAGCACUCAUGGGGGUUUCUCAGUUCUUAGAAGGCAUGCAGAUGAGUGCCUUCCUUCACUGGAUAUGUCCCAGAACCCACCUUGGCAAGAAUUGGUUGCCAAAGAUCUUCAUGGGAAUGAAUGGCAUUUUCGUCACAUUUUUCGAGGACAGCCCAGGCGCCAUCUGCUCACUACUGGUUGGAGUGUCUUUGUUAGCUCAAAGAAAUUGGUAGCUGGUGAUGUAUUUAACUUUCUCAGAGGUGAGAAUGAUGAGCUGCGAGUCGGUGUGAGAAGGCUUAUGAGGCAGCCAAAUAACAUGCCAUCGUCAGUCAUAUCCAGUCAUAGCAUGCAUCUUGGAGUUCUGGCUACUGCAUCUCAUGCUAUUGCUACUGGGACUCUUUUUUCUGUUUUCUACAAACCAAGGACAAGUCGAUCGGACUUCAUCAUAAGCGUCAACAAGUAUCUUGAAGCCAAGAAUUAUAAAUUCUCUGUUGGGAUGAGAUUUAAUAUGAGAUUUGAAGGUGAUGAAGCUCCAGAAAAAAGGUUCAGUGGCACUAUUGUUGGUGUGGACACAACAUCUCAAUGGGCAGGGUCAGAAUGGAGAACUUUAAAGGUUCAAUGGGAUGAACCUUCGUGUAUCCGGCGUCCAGACACAGUUUCUCCGUGGGAAUUGGAACCACUUCUUGCAGCUGCUCCUCCAACCUUUCAACCAGUGCAGAGAAACAAACGUACACGACCAUCAGCUGCACCAGCUGAAUCAUCAGAUCUUACUCCAGCAUUUGGUUUAUGGAAAUCCACCGCUGAGAGUACCCAAAAUUUUUCAUUUUCUGGGUUGCAGGGAGGAAAAGAACUGUGUGCACCAUCCUGCCCCACAUCUGUGUUCCCAUCAGCAUCAAAGCCUGAGUCAAUUGAAUUUAAUGGAAAUAAUGGACCAUCAGCUAUUAAUGGCGCCAUGUACUGGCCAUUCAGGACAGAACCUCAAACUGAUUCCUUGAUGGCAGACAUAAAUAAAGAACAAAGUGAAAAGAAGCAGGAAACUAGCACAGGCUGCUGGCUGUUUGGAAUUCAGCUAGUUGAGAGCUCUGCAGUAGGGGAACUCUCUCCACUGACUACCAAUUCUUGUGUUGGAGAGGAACAAGCAGUAACAUCGUUGGAUGUGGAAUCAGAUCAACAAUCUCAACCAUCAAACAUCAACAGGUCUGAUGCCCUCGCUGUCAGCAGUGAGCCGGAGAAGUCAUGCUUAAGGUCAACCCAAGAGUGUCAAAGUAGACAAUUGAGGAGUUGCACCAAGGUUCACAUGCAAGGAAUGGCAGUUGGGAGGGCAGUGGAUCUGACUAGAUUUUAUGGAUAUGAUGAGCUUCUUCAGAAGCUGGAAGAGAUGUUUAAUAUUGAGGGAGAGCUCUACGGUGCAGCAAAAAAGUGGGAGGUCAUCUACACAGAUGAUGAGGAUGACAUAAUGAUGGUUGGUGAUGACCCAUGGCAUGAGUUCUGCAGCAUGGUGAGAAAAAUAUACAUCUACACUUGUGAGGAGGCCAAAAGGCUGACUCCCAGGGUGAAGCUUCCGGCUGUUGGCAAGGUCAUCAGGCCUUUGCCCAAGAAAGCCUCUUGUGAUGCUGAUGCAACCGAAAACAGCUCAAAAGAUCAGGCUCUGGUUGCUGAUUAGGGUUGCUGACACUAGAAGGUAGUGCAUGUUGUGUUCUUUGUGGUAGGCCGGCCAGCCAGCCGGCUUUGUGUGCGUACGUAGACCCUCUUUGUUCUUUCCGAAGCUGCUCGACCAAGGCAACAGCUAACGAUGGAGCAGCAGUUCAUAAUUAGCUGGUCGUUGCCGGAAAUCUGAAAACCCAGGUGAUCGGCAGCCAAAACCAGCUCCUGUCAGAUCUUGGUGGAGAUGGGAAAGGAAGUUGGAUAGAGGAUGAUGGAAGUCACUACCGUCUUCUUUUCCAUGCCAUCAAAUAGAACUUGUACAUAUCUUCUCCACUGUGAUACUUACAUUGUUGCUUUGUCCAAUCUGUCAAGCAAGUUUCUUCCCUCAAGUACGUGCAUUUGUUUGUUUUCCUUGUGUUAUGACUUCCAUUCCAUAUGUUACAUCACAUGAAACUUUCAUCGGUUAGGAACAUGCACCAUAAUAAAUAGAGAACUUGUUUGCCUUA